UAAAGAUGUCUGGUUCACGGACGUGGCAGCGAGCAUCUGAGCAUUGGUUUGUUGAGCCCUUCCCAUUCUCCUCGGCUGCCUCCUCAGAGAGUCAACUUCCAACAUGCCGGACUUCAUCCCCGACCUGGCAACAAUUACUGAAGCCGAGAUAGACAACCUUAGGGGACAGCAGUUAGACGUUCUCAUCAAAAGGGCUGGGAUCAGGCCUAUACCACAGUUACUCGCUGGAAAGAAGGAAUGUCUCAAGGUAUAUGCUCAGGAACGGGAUGAGGCUCAGGGUCACGGUGGCGCUUCCAGUUCUCACGGGAUCGGACGGCAAGGAUCUGCGGCGGGUGCGAAUAUUCAGCAAAUGCACCUUCCGCCGCGUAUUCCAAACCGCAAACUCGAUGUUGAUGUCAUAUACAGCGCUGUUGGUUCCAGUUGGUCUGACCUGCAGUGGCCAGGCGUCUUUGUCACAGCCGAAGGGGUGGAUGUCAAGUUCGACCCGACCACAGACGGCUAUAGCGUCAACUUGUCCCAAAUCAUUCCCGCCGUGAUAUCCGACGUCGAGGAUCAACAGGAUCCUGACGCUUACAGUGAUGGUGGCGUCCAUGUCCGAUGUGGGAUAUUCAGGAACAGAUUGAAGAAGGCUGGAACGGUUGGCAGCUUAACAGCUCAACGCCGGGGGGAGGAUGUGUAUAAGCAGGUUGCACUAGAUGAUGGAAGAUACCACCUUUACGUCGCAUUCAUGCGCAUUGUCCGAAACUCCGAUCCAGGACAGAAAGUUGUUCCCGGGACGACAUCAGCCGAUUCUUUGCGCCAUUACGAGACCGCCUCCCGGCACGCAUGCAACAUGUUCCGCCUUUUACCGCCUGAGAUCCUCACUGCGAUCUGGAAAUUCCUGCCUCCCGAGCAACUUCCCUGGAACAGACAGUCGGCGCAGGUCAGACGGGAGCCCAUCGUCGUCGCACAUCAAUGGCUCGGGAGAUGGAGAGAGGCGCCUCGCGAUUCGCUCGUCGUACCGGCAUUCCUGAGGUGUCGGCUGAACCUUGACCAUCCGCGAAUACACGCAGCCCUGCAAAUCCUGGCCGAAGGGUGCGAAGACAACACGUUCCUCCGUUGUCAGAGGGAAGAACGGGAUGCUCUCGUUGAACAAAUGCUAGCUGCUCACGAAUGCUUCGGGGAGUGUCUCACAUUCGACGCCGGGACCAAAAUCGGACGGCGGUUGCUCGAAGCCGCGUUGCCAAAGACAAAGAACAAGGACGGGAAAAUGGGGAUCUCGGUAUUUGAACCAGCGGAAUAUCUGCACGGCAAUUGCGGGUCCUACUUUGAGUGGGUGUGCGAGAAAGGGUGGAACGUCGCCGCAUUGGCAUGCUGUCAGAUCAGCCCGUUGCCUGUCGCCGACCUGGAGGACGCGCUCAUCAGCGCCUUCCUUCUCGGCGACCCCGUCGUAUUCGAGCACGUCCGCGGUGGCGCGGUGACGCCGUUAUGCCCCGCACGGUCAGCUACGAUCAUAGACCUUGUCCUCGACAUGCCCGACUGCCCCAUCGGGAGUCUCGACAUGUUCAUAUACCUCACAGAAAACUCAAUCAUGCCCGUGUGGGACUUCCACUUCCAUCAGUGGCGGGACCUCCCUCACAUCAUACACUACCUCAAACUCCUCCAUAUCGCGAUCCCGCCAGCCACCGUCCGCGAUUUCUUGAAACAUGCACUUGUGCUUGAGCACGACCAAACGAAAGUGAAAUUCGAGCUGAUCCAGGAGUUUGUCAACAGCUUCAACGUUAACAUCGAUCGACACUCUACGGGGUUACAGAGUGCGAUGGAGGGAAGGUACUCAGAUGAGACCCGCGAGACCCAUUGCCGCAAGCUCAGGGACUUGCUCUGGCUGGGUAUGAGCCCCGCGAAUCUCACACAGCGCAAUUUGACCCGUCUGAUGUGUCAGAUCGCGGGUGACGCGGUGCAAAGCGCGGGUGAGAAGACGGUUGUUGCAGGAGGAGAGCCGAAGAAUGCGGAUACGACGACGGAUGUGAAUGAACAGCGGUUGUGGUGGGAUGUGCUGAACUGUGUUAAUGCGGCGGAACAGAGGAAGGCUGAAAGGGCGGGGAUGAUGGGCUCAUUCUAGGUAGUACAGUAGGUAGGCUUUUGGCGUAGGGUGUGCGAUGUCGAGGAGAAAGAACAGGCUUCCUGAUACGUGGAACAUCGGGUGAUCGGAACCUGCGGCUGGCCGUGGGGAGGAUCAUUGGCCGCUUGGAAGUGACCUUUUUGUGGAGACGGUUGCAGAGUGAAUGAGACGUUGCGGGGUCAAGGGGAAAGCUCUUCCCAAAACACACCGACGUGCUUGCCUCCGCCGUCAUCUCCAACUGCGGGGCGAUGGUAUUGGUGGACUGUGAUCGGAACGUUACGGCUCCACG